AUGGCGACUCAUGGCAGUUGGCUGGAUAUACCCAAGGGGUCGCACUUUUCGCUAGCAAACAUACCAUUUAGAAUCAUUACAACUUCACCUUCAGCCGAGAAGCAUGCGGCAGUCGCUAUCGGAGACCAUGUCCUGGACCUACAUGAGUUUGCGCGCCACCAAGGUUUCGUGGAAGACUUCGCUUCUGCCCAUAUCGCAACCUUCUCACAGCCUACGCUGAACGAUUUCGCCGCACUUGGCCAGGAUGUUCACGCCAAGGUGCGCAAGUACUUGCAAAAUAUCUUUGCAAAGGAAAGACCAUUCCCUGGUGUCCUGAGAGGCAAUAUCGAAACCCGACGCGCGAGUCUCUUUCGGAGAGAUCAAGUCACAAUGCACCUGCCCAUGAAGAUUGGAGGGUACACCGAUUUCUUCGCCGGCAAAAACCACGCGUACAACUGUGGCUGCAUAUUCAGGGGUCCUGCAAAGGCCUUGCAACCCAACUAUCUCCAUCUGCCGGUGGCCUAUAACUCACGAGCUUCAUCGGUCGUGCUUUCCGGCACGGAUGUAUGCCGACCUCUGGGACAAUUCUUGGACACCCCGUCUACAACCGAGUCAAGCUUCGGGCCUUGUCGCCGGCUUGACAUUGAGCUCGAGUUGGGGGCGCUGCUGUGCAAGGGCAACAAGCUCGGCAAGCCCAUCAAUGUAAAUGAAGCCGAAAGACACAUCUUUGGCUGUGUCCUGCUGAACGACUGGUCGGCUCGGGACACACAAGCCUGGGAGGCGGUCCCCUUGGGCUCUUUCAAUGCCAAAACUUUUGCAACGACCAUCAGCCCUUGGGUUGUGCUGAAAGACGCUCUGGAACCGUUUCAUGCUCCCGGAGUAUUAAAUGAUACGAAGCUGCAUCCAUAUCUGCAGGAAGCGCGGGGGGAGAAUGUCUAUGACAUCGAUCUGGAAGUCGAGAUGACAAGUAAUUUGAGCGGGUGCCCGCCCUUUAUUGGGAUUCCGAUGCUGACAAGAGCUCACUCAAGCAACCAAUGGUGA